GCUAUACUCUCUUUAUCACAGCUUCAACUCAACCAUUCAUUGUUCUAAAAAACCCUUUCUUGAGUCUUUAAGGUACUUUCGCCAGAGAGCAGAGAUGUUUCCUUCCUCCGAUAACGCUUUCUCACCAUCGACGCUGUUCUCAGCGUACGCAUCCCUCACCGGAUUCUUGAUGCUCUUCAGAUCGAUGCUCCACGACUUCGUCCCGGAGCAGCUCCGAGCCUACUUCUCAACACUACUCGACCGCUUCUUCACUCCGAAAUCAAAGACCCUCACGGUCAUCAUCGACGAGAACUUCGGUUCGUACCGGAACCAAGUCUUCGACGCGGCGGAGCUCUACCUCCGCUCCAAAAUCGGCCCGGAGACAGAGCGGCUGCGCGUCGGGAAGACCCCGAAGCAGAAGCACUUCACUAUCUCGAUCGAGAAAGGAGAAGAGAUCGUAGACUCCUUCGAGGGCUCGGAGGUGAAAUGGAGCUACGUUCAGUCGGAGAAGGAGAAGGGGGAGCAAGUUAAACGCCACUACGAGCUCACCUUCGAGAAGAAGCUGAGAGAGAAAAUCACGAGCUCUUACCUAACCCACGUCGUUGCGGAGUCUGAAGAGAUCAAGAGGAGCCUGAGAGUGGUGAAACUAUACAGCAAAGACUUGUACGAGACCGACGACGACGACGGAUGCGCAGGCGGGAACUGGGGGUGUAUCAGCCUCGAGCAUCCUUCCACGUUCGAGACGUUAGCCAUGGAUCCCAACGCGAAGAAGAAGAUCAUCGGCGACUUGGAUAGGUUUCUCAAGAGGAGAGAGUUUUACAAGAGAGUCGGUAAGGCCUGGAAGCGAGGCUACUUGUUGUACGGACCUCCAGGAACAGGGAAAUCGAGUUUGAUCGCAGCCAUGGCUAACUACCUAAAAUUCGACGUGUUUGAUCUGGAGCUUAGUAGUAUCUACGACAACGGUCAACUGAAGAGGAUUCUGUUAUCCACCACGAAUCGUUCGAUUUUGGUGUUUGAGGAUAUCGAUUGCAACUCGGAGGUUAGAGACAGGGAAGCUGAUGACGACGAUCAAGAAAUCAAAAGAAAUAAUAAUGGAAGGGUGACUUUAUCAGGGAUUCUCAACUUCAUUGAUGGGUUAUGGUCGAGUUUCGGAGACGAGAGGAUCAUCGUGUUCACGACUAACCACAAAGAACGGCUCGAUCCUGCGCUGCUACGUCCGGGGAGAAUGGAUAUGCAUAUCAAUUUGUCUUAUUGUACAGGUUUGGGGUUUAGGACUUUGGUUUCUAAUUACCUUGGUUUAGAUGGCUUAAACCAUCCUCUGUGUGAGGAGAUCGAGACGUUGGUUGAUUCUACCGAGGUUACUCCUGCUGAGUUAGCUGAAGAGUUGAUGCAGGAUGAUGAUUGUGAUGUUGUUCUUCCUGGAGUGGUUAGCUUUGUUGAGAAAAGGAAGGUAGAGAGAAGGAAGGCCAAGGAUAGUGUUUCUAUUUGUAAUGAAGUUGUUAAGACAGAUGAUGAUGACGAAAAACAGAGUGUUUGUACUAAUGGUAUGAGGAAUAGGAAGAAGCAAGCCGGUAGACGAAAAGGGAGGGGGGGGCUCGGAAUGUAAAUGCUAGAGCUUACUUGCAACUAGGAAUGUAAAUUAUGUAAUGAAUAAACCAGCUAAUGGGUUCUGUUUUGUUUCUUUCAGUAUCCAGUUUGAAUCCUAGUAAAAAUAUUUGUAAUAAAUUUUCUCGGAAUGAUUUUAGCUGUUGUUUUA